GAACUGCAGCUGUAUAAGCGAGUCGUUAUACAUCACCGUAUGUAGUCGGGCGGGCUUGGGCAGUGUAGCGGCAGGUGGAAGGAGCAGUCCAGAGCAGCUCCGAAGUCAUGUCAGCAGUGCGAGCCGCGCGCGGACCCCGUCGCCCAACUAAUUGCAAGGUUAUACUAACAUACUCACCUGGAUGCGAACGAGGGGAGGGGCGUGGGCCCAGUCGCGGCGCCUGGCCGCCAAGUUCAGAGCACUGGGUGCGCGGCCCGCCUCGGACGCCUCACUGGGCGGGGCGGCGGGCGAGGGGGGCCAGCAGCAGCAGCAGCAGCAGGCGGGAGCAGGAGGGGAGGCGGGCGCGGGCGGCGGCGGCAAAGAGCGCGUCGGGCCGCAACGGUGUGCAAUGUCCGUGUCACCCGGCCGCCGGAGACGAGCAGCCCCCGCCGCCGCGCCGCCGCCGCCGCCGCACCCGCUGCCGCCGCCACCCACUGCCCCGCUGCCCGGCGGCAGCCCCGCAUCCCCCACCCGCAACGCACCGCGCCGGCUCCCCACACCGCCUCGCACCGGCACCGCACCCACGGGCGGCGGCGGCCGGGGCGCGGCUCAUUCGGGGAGUGCCGCCGCCAGUAGCACCAGCUGCAAGGCAGCAGCUGCUGCAGCUGGCGGCGGCGGCACCAGCAUCCCAAGCUCGGCGGGAAACCCUCCUCGCCACGCGGCGCCGGAGCCUGCAGAUCCAAGCCGCACGGGAGGCGGUGGCGGCGGCAGUGCAGGGGGUGCUACAGACGGCGGCAAGGCAGGAGACGCACAUGCUCCUGAGCCGCCGGCCGCUGCGGGCGCCGCAGCGGGCGGGGAGGUGCCGGGGCCAGGGCCCGGCCGCGCCACAGAGCUUGCGGCAACAACACGUGGCGCAGGUGGGUCCGCAGCGGAAGCAGAGAAGCGUGUGGCAGCUCGAAGAGCGGCGGCGGGGGCGGCGGCGACUGGUGGCGGCGGCGGCGUUUCUGCUGCUGCUGCUGUUGUUGGCGGCGGCAAUCGGCGGUCUCGGGCGUCGGCUCGCCCGCGCCGCUCAUCAGACCCUGGAGGAGGUGGGGGAGGUGGAGGCGGUAGUGGUGCCACGGCGCUGGCGGCGGCGGCGGCAUCCAGUCGGCGGGCGCACAUCAACAAGCAGAACGGGCGGGCGCAGGCGCGGCAGCUGAGGCAGCAGGUGAAGGCGGAGGAGGCGCGGGCGAGCAGGCAGAUGAAGGGGGGGACCGCGGCGGCUGCAGCGGCGGCGGCAGCUGCCGGGGCGGAGGCAAUAGCAGGGGGGGCAGUGGUAGUGCCGGGAGGAGGCAGGGCUGUGCACGCGGGGACGGAAGCAACAGCUGGGGCUGGAGUGGGCGAGGCUGCAGCAGACAAGGCCGAGGUGGCGGGGGAGGAGGGCGAGGAGGACGAGGAGGAGAGCGAGAGCGAGGAGGAAGACUACCUGAGUGACGGCAGUGAGGCGGCCGGCAGCAGCGACAGCAGGGCGCUGUAGCAUUGGAGCCUUCGGACCCUGGAUUGCAUUCUUGCAAGCGGGCUGGGUGGCGCUGGUGAGCAUGCCAAUGCCUAUGAAGCGGGUGGAAGGGGUGAUGUGGGCGGGACUGUGCAAGUGAUUCGGGUUCCGCAAUCUGCACGGACGACACACGGCAGCCGUAGCUGUGGGGUACCGCACAUUGGCUGCCAGCAUACUCUGCGGUUGCUGUUGUAGACUAAGGCGCCCAGAAAGCGUGCGGGCGGGCCCCCGCUGGUGACACGGAGGCUGUGGGGAUUGGCCUGGCCCGGAGCGGCAGUAGCAGAUUGUGGUGGUAUGUCAAGGUUGCAAUCUGCUAAUUCAG